AUGGCGGCCAGCAGGAGGAUGAAGGAGCUUGAAGAAAUCCGCAAAUGUGGAAUGAAAAUCUUCCAUAACAUCCAGGUUGAUGAAGCUAAUUUAUUGACUUGGCAAGGGCUUAUUGUUCCUGACAACCCUCUAUAUGAUAAGGGGGCCUUCAGAAUCAAAAUCAACUUUCCAGCAGAGUACCCAUUCAAACCCCUGAAGAUCAUAUUUAAAACAGAGAUCUAUCACCCGAACAUCGAUGAAAAGGGGCAGGUCUGUCAGCCAGUAAUUAGUGCUGAAAACUGGAAGCCAGCAACCAAAACUGACCAAGUAAUCCAGUUCCUCAUGGCACUGGUGAACGACCCCCAGCCCGAGCACCCACUUCGGGCUGACCUAACUGAAGAAUACUCUAAGGACCGUAAAAAAUUCUGUAAGAAUGCUGAAGAGUUUACAAAGAAAUACGGGGAGAAGCGACCUGUGAACUAA